AUCCAUCCAUUUCCAGAACCUGAAACAAAACCCUGGCCUCCUUACAAUCGAAACCGGCAGCAGUCUUAUAAAAAUAGGAAACCAUAAACUUUUUCAUGUAGUAUAGCUAAAUAACUAUGAUCCUAUUUUUUACAAAACUGCUAAUGAAUAUCCAUGGAAUACGAAAUUUUUCAAACUUCACAGAUGUAUUUGAAAUUCUGGAAACAAAAUCAAUACUGUUCAAAGCAUUUUUAAUGAUCUUCGACCAAAGUCAAGGCAAAGAAGAGGAUUGUUCAAUCUGCUUGGAACAGCAAUAAAAGAAAUCACCGGGAAUAUGGACCACAACGAUUUAGAACAUAUAUCAAAAACUAUAUCUGAUUUGCAGAUUAAUAAUAAGAUGCUUAUCAAUGAAAACAACGAGCAAUUUAAAAUGAACCUGCAACUUCAGAACCGAAUCAAUUCUAUUAUUAAUCGUUUGAAUCAGCAACAAAGCCAAAUUACAAAAAAUAUCAAAACAGCAAGGUUAGAAAACAACACAGAUAAAAACUUUAAAAUCCUAAGAGAAGUCAUGAAGAUCAAUUACAAUCUAGACCAUUUGAGGUCCCACUUAGAAAAUCUUUUCGAAUCAGUUCAGCUAGCUAGAUUAAAUAUUAUUCCAAAACAAAUAUUAUCGGUAGAAGAAUUAGCAUUUGUUUCAGAUAUUCUAGAAAAACAAAACAUUAUACCAACCAGCAUAGAACAAACAUACGAAUUUUUAGAUUUGUCUGCAUUCUACAAUAAUUCAAAAUUAAUAUUCAUUGUUUCAAUUCCUAGGAUAGAAAACUCCACCCAUGUUCAAUUUCUGUUAGAACUCCUACCAAUUUCAAACAAAACUUUAAAACUUCCAGCCAGUGUUGCUUUGCAUAAUGGUAACAGAACUUACUUCAUCAGGGAAGAAUGCCGAAACAUCGGGAAAACGAGACUAUGCAACCUGAAUAACCUCAUCGACUUCACUGGAGAUACGUGCUAUUCAAAUUUGCUAAAAGGAUUAUCAGGAAACUGCACGUUUACAAGCUGCCAUCAACCUCAAACAAUAAAAAGGAUUACUGACAACCACAUAGUAAUCACGGAUAUUCAUAACAUAGAAAUCAACUCAAACUGCGGGUUGACAAAACGGAACUUAUCUGGUACGUACUUAAUAGAGUUCCACAAUUGUUCAAUAGUUAUAAACGGCACCGAAUACUACAAUGCCGAAAUGCAUAAAUCGGAACCGACCAUUGUCAUGUCGCUAGAUGGUUUACAUAUCAAUCAACAGACCCUGGAGAUCCAUAAUAAUAUUGAAGAAAUCCACAUCAGAAACAGGCACCAAAUGGAUACAAUAACCACAGAGCAUAAGAUUCAGACAUACACGUCAAUAAGUAUGUCGAGCAUUUGUCUUCUCUUGAGUAUCUUUACAGGCCUUUGUUGGAUUUCAAAGAGACGGAAGCAAAUAUCUCUUAACAUAGGAACCUCCACGGAGUCUGACGCUAAAACCAAGAAACGACAAUGCGGAACUGAAUGCAACCCAACGAAUCGGGACGAUCCGUUUUCAAAAGGGGGAGUAGUUAAGAUCGAACCCUCCUGGAUCCCCAACACUACACUUACCAACAUCAAUCGCUUCGUCAACACAUCAUCAUUACCUUCAUCGCCAUCGACGAUCAUAGCAACAACAACAACAACAACGCCGAUGACGACGACGGCACAUCAGUUAGCCCAGCAGCCGGAACGUUCAACCCCAAGCCACCAAAUCUCGAACAUCAGCAGUUUACUACCCAGCAACACCAAGUAGCACGGAUGCACACACGGUUAUUCUCACGUCAGCAGACUCUCACCCGGUAACCAUCGAUGGCACCGACCAGGACCACGCGACGGAAGCAACCUCAGCAGUUCGUUGCCUUUGCAUUAGCAACUGGGCGACCGCAUUCCUAUAAGUUCUUACUCAGCAGAUAGAUAGGGCUUUCGAUAGGUUUCACCUUAUAAUAAUUUGGAAUAAAAAUCAGUUAGUCUUUAUCCUCGAGUGGUGUAAC